UGUCGCUGCUGAAGAACCUGAAGCACGCCAACAUCGUGACCCUGCACGACAUCAUCCACACCGAGCGCUCCCUCACCCUCGUCUUCGAGUACCUGGACAACGACCUCAAGCAGUACCUGGAUAACUGUGGGAACCUGAUGAGUGUGCACAACGUGAAGAUCUUCAUGUUCCAGCUGCUGCGGGGUCUGGCUUAUUGCCACGGGAGGAAGAUCCUGCACCGAGACCUCAAACCCCAGAACCUGCUCAUCAACGAGAGGGGGGAGCUCAAACUGGCUGAUUUUGGACUCGCCAGGGCCAAGUCAGUGCCCACGAAAACAUAUUCCAACGAGGUGGUCACGCUGUGGUACCGCCCCCCCGACGUCCUGCUGGGAUCCACGGAAUAUUCCACCCCCAUCGACAUGUGGGGCGUGGGGUGCAUCCACUACGAGAUGGUGACGGGGCGGCCCAUGUUCCCCGGCUCCACGGUGAAGGAGGAGCUGCACCUCAUCUUCAGGCUGCUGGGUACCCCCACAGAGGACACCUGGCCUGGGAUCACAUCCAACGAGGAGUUCAAGGCUUACAACUUCACCCAGUACCGAGCCCAGCCCUUGAUAAAUCAUGCCCCCAGGCUGGACUCAGAAGGCAUUGACCUGCUGGCAAACCUCCUUCUGGUGAGUGGCAGAGCAGCCCAGGUGGGUGGCAAAGGGAUUUGUUCCAGGGAAG